UUUUGUAUUUUGGUUUUUUUUUGGGGGGGAGGCUGUGCUGUGCCCACUCUCCUGACAGUCGGGCGUGUUACCUCAGGAACAUGGUGUAGAGAAGCUGGAAGCAGGGUAACCCAAAAAUCAAAUCCAAGAGACACCAGCCUGAAGACCAUGGUCUCGAAGCUGAGUCAUCUUCAAGCAGAGCUGCUGGGAGCACUGCUGGAGUCCGGGCUAACCAAGGAGACCCUGAUCAAGGCGCUGAGCGAAGUAGAACCCUACGCGCUCCAGACUGAAAGUCAACGCGCUAUCAAUGCCCUCCAGAAAGAGAAAGGGGAACCCUGUCCUGACAUCCCCAACCUCCCCAAUGGAAUGGGGGAGUCCAGGUUAUCGGAAGAUGAAACCUCUGAUGACGGGGAGGAAUUUACCCCUCCAAUAAUGAAGGAGCUGGAAAACUUGAGCCCAGAGGAGGCUGCUCACCAGAAGGCUGUGGUGGAAAGACUAUUACAAGAGGAUCCCUGGCGAGUAGCAAAGAUGGUGAAAUCCUACCUGCAGCAGCACAACAUCCCUCAGCGUGAGGUGGUAGAUACUACUGGUCUGAACCAAUCUCACCUCUCACAACACCUCAACAAGGGAACUCCCAUGAAGACCCAAAAAAGGGCAGCCCUCUACACCUGGUAUGUCCGCAAGCAGCGAGAGGUGGCCCAGCAAUUCACACAUGCUGGCCAGGGUAUCCUGACAGAGGAGCCCAUGGGAGAUGACCUGCCCACCAAGAAGGGAAGAAGAAACCGCUUUAAGUGGGGUCCUGCCUCACAACAGAUCCUGUUCCAGGCCUAUGAGAGACAGAAAAACCCCAGCAAAGAAGAGAGAGAGGCACUGGUAGAAGAGUGCAACAGAGCAGAGUGUAUUCAGAGAGGUGUUUCCCCAUCUCAGGCCCAGGGAUUGGGCUCGAACCUGGUGACAGAGGUCAGAGUUUACAACUGGUUUGCCAAUCGCAGGAAGGAGGAGGCUUUCCGGCACAAGCUGGCCAUGGACACCUUCAGUGGGCCACAGCCCACCCCUGCCCCUCCUCUCACUCCUCACAACUCUGCCUCCCUCCAGCCACCAUCUGCUCUCUCACCCAGCAAAGUUCACGGAGUGAGGUAUAACCAGCAGCCAGCCAGUGAGGCAGAGUCCUCCAACAACAACCACCACGGGAACAGCUCUAUGGUGACCACCCAAACCAUCCUGCAUCAGGUUUCUCCCCCUGGACUGGAGCCCAGCCAGAACCUACUGAGCACAGACACUAAGCUGGUCUCAGCCUCUGGAGGAACUCUCCCUCCUGUCAGCACCCUGACUGCCCUGCACAGCCUGGAGCAAAAUCCACACACACUGAGCCAGCAAACUCAGAACCUCAUCAUGGCAUCACUGCCAGGUGUAAUGGCAAUUGGAGCUGGUGAGACCUCAUCCCUAGCACCAGCAUUCACCAACACAGGUGCCUCUACCCUGGUGAUAGGCCUGGCUUCAACCCAGCCCCAGAGUGUACCUGUAAUAAACAGCAUGGGGAGCAGUCUCACUACACUGCAGCCUGUCCAGUUCUCCCAGCAACUGCACCCAUCCUACCAGCAGCCCCUCAUGCAGCAGGUCCAGAGCCACAUCAACCAGAGCCCCUUCAUGGCUACCAUGGCCCAGAUUCCAAACCCUCAUGCUCUCUACGGCCCCAAGUCUGAAGUGGCCCAAUACACACAUACAGGCCUCUUACCACAAGCCAUGGUGAUAACAGAUACAGCCAAUCUCAGCACCCUGACUAACCUGACACCAACUAAACAGGCAUUCACAUCUGACUCAGAGACUCACACAGAGUCUGGGAUGCAUACACCCGUGUCACAGGCACCAACAAUACAUUUACAGAACCAGGACACAACCAUCCAGCACCUUCAGCCAGGCCCUCGCCUCACCUCAAGCCCUGCUGUGUCCUCCAGCAGCCUGGUGCUGUACCAAAGCUCUGACUCCACCAACAGCCACAGUCAGCUGCUGCCAUCCACUCACAAUGUCAUUGAGACCUUCAUCUCCACACAGAUGGCAUCCUCCACUCAGUAACCAAGGGUGACAGCCAUGACCACCCUGUCAGGUACAACUCCAACUGUGUUUGCUAUCACUGUCACCACUGCCUUCCAUGGGAAGCAAAGGCUGCUGUGCUCAAGCUGACCUC